GGGGCUUUAAAAAUAGCAUCCUCCGCUCUGACAGCGCCGCUCCGGAGGCUCCGCAGCACUCUGCAGGGAGAGGCAGGACUGCGAAGAUGGCUGCAGACCUGGGAGAGCUGCUGGUCCCCUUCAUGCCCACCAUCAGAGUCCCCAAAACAGGAGACAGAGUCUACAAGAGCGAGUGCGCCUUCUCCUUCGACUCCCCCGAGUCUGAGGGAGGCCUGUAUGUGUGUAUGAACACAUUCCUGGGCUUCGGACGGGAACAUGUGGAGAGACAUUAUCGCAAAACAGGACAGAGCGUUUACAUGCACCUCAAACGACAUGUUAAAGAGAAAACCACAGGUGCUGCCGGAGGUGCCAUCCCCAGACGAAGAAAUGGAAAAGUGUUUCUAGAUUUAGAGCUAAACCGAGAUUUUAACGGAGAGGACUAUGAGUAUGAGGAUGAGGCAAAGCUCGUCAUUUUCCCAGACCACUUCGAGAUCCCUUUACCAAAUAUUGAGGAGCUGCCCGCUCUGGUGACCAUAGCCUGUGAUGCAGUGCUUAACGCACCUUCAGCUUACAAGAAGCAAGAACCCGAGUCAUGGGAGGAGGAGAUCCAGGUGUCAAGACAUGCCAGAAGCCUCAGACAGCUGGAUAACGGAGUCCGGAUCCCACCCAGUGGCUGGAAGUGUCAGAAAUGCGAGAUGAGAGAGAACCUGUGGCUGAACCUGACAGACGGUUCGGUUCUUUGUGGGAAGUGGUUCUUUGAUGGGAGCGGGGGCAACGGCCACGCUCUGGAGCACUACAGAGAGACCAACUACCCACUGGCUGUUAAACUGGACACCAUCACUCCAGACGGAGCAGAUGUUUAUUCGUUUGAGGAGGAAGAGGCUGUUUUGGACCCACACAUGUCAGAGCACUUGUCACACUUUGGGAUAGACAUGCUACAGAUGCAGAGGAGAACAGAAAAUGGACACCACACAGACAAUAACCCCCGACCGCGAGUCAGUGAGUGGGAAGUGAUCCAAGAGUCGGGCAUGAAGCUGAAGGCGGUGUUUGGUUCUGGUUACACUGGCAUCAAAAACCUGGGAAACAGCUGCUACCUCAGCACAGUGCUACAGGUCCUGUUCAGCAUCCCAGAUUUCCAGAGGAUGUAUGUAGGUAACCUUCAGAGGAUAUUUGACUACUCACCCCUUGACCCCACCCAGGAUUUUGCCACACAGAUGGCUAAACUGGGACACGGACUCCUCUCAGGCCAGUACUCCAAACCACCCAUGAAAUCUGAGCUCAUUGAACAGGUGAUGAAAGAAGAACACAAGGUAUCAAACGGGCACCAACAGAGGGGAAUCUCUCCCCGAAUGCUCAAGGCACUGGUCAGCAGGGGACACCCAGAGUUUUCCUCCAACAGACAACAAGAUGCCCAUGAGUUCUUCCUGCACCUUAUCAACUUGGUGGAAAGAAACAGUGCUGGUUCAGAGAAUCCAAGCGACUCAUUUCGUUUCUUGGUGGAGGAGAGAGUUCAGUGCUGUCAGAGUCGGCGGGUUCGUUACACUCAGCGGGUCGACUACUGCAUCCAGCUACCGGCUCCCAUAGAAGCAGCGACGAAUAGAGAGGAGUUGCUUGCAUAUGAGGUCAAGCGGAAAGAAGCUGAGGAGAACACGCGGGCUCCUCCUGAACCGGUGCGAGCACGGAUCCCUUUCACAGCCUGCCUUCAGGCCUUUAUGGAGCCUGAAAACGUCCCCGAUUUCUGGAGUUCAGCGUUGCAGGCCAAGUCAGCUGGAGUGAAAACGUCCCGCUUCGCCUCGUUCCCAGAGUAUCUUGUUGUGCAGAUCAAGAAAUUCACCUUUGGUAUUGACUGGGUGCCAAAGAAGCUUGACCUGGCCAUCGAUGUUCCAGACUUCUUGGACCUGAGCCGGCUCCGAGCCACAGGGCUGCAGGCGGGCGAAGAGGAGCUGCCGGAUCUCAUGCCUCCCAUUGUUUUACCGGAAGACACCAGAGAUAACUCCAUGAGCUCAACUGACUCUCCGGAGAUAGAUGAAGGUGCCGUUAUGCAGCUGGCAGAGAUGGGUUUUCCACUGGAGGCCUGCAGGAAGGCGGUGUACUACACAGGAAACAUGGGCCCAGAGAUGGCCUUCAACUGGAUCAUAGCCCACAUGGAGGAGCCUGACUUUGCUGAACCUCUCACUUUGCCCUCAAUGAUGGAUCCUCUUCCCUCUACCAGUGACAGCCCCAUGGGGGCGACGCCACUGGACAACUUGCCUCCGGAGGAGAGCAUCGCCAUCCUCACCUCGAUGGGAUUUCCUCGCAAUCACAGCAUCCGCGCUCUCAAAGCCACGAAUAAUAAUCUUGAGCGAGCACUCGACUGGAUCUUCACCCACCCAGAGGAAGAGGAGAGCGACGGGUUCUCUGACAUGGCGGACACGGAGCCCAACGACAACGCCUUUUCCAACUUGAACUCGCACAGCGACUCCACGCUGUCCCCAGACAGAGAAACAUCAGGCCCAAGAGUCAAAGAUGGACCAGGACGAUAUGAGGUGUUUGCCAUCAUCAGCCACAUGGGAGCCUCCACAAUGUCUGGACAUUAUGUUUGUCACAUCAAAAAAGAGGGAAGGUGGGUGAUCUACAAUGACCACAAGGUGUGUUUGUCAGAAAGGCCUCCAAAGGACUUGGGCUACAUCUACUUUUACCGUCGCCUCUCGAGCAGUUAAAAUCGCUGCCUCCCUCCUCCCUGCAGUCUUUAAAUAGCUUCAGUCUUUUACCCAGAAAGACAGGCAGACACCUGCAACAACAGCCACAGCAGAAACGAUGGAAGAAACCUCACAGACCAGCUUCUUGCCUUAUCCUCAUCUCACACAGGAGUAAUUAGAAAUACUGAUCCAAAAAGGAAAGCAAUGUGCUUAUUUUCUGUGCAUUUGUUGUGCUUUGAAUGUAUAUUUUAUUGUUUAUGUUGGGAGAGAUGAAGAAGGGGAAAAAAAAGUAAGUGCACAGGUAUGCGUGCAAUUUGUACUUCUGGAGUGGUCUGGAAACAAAACGAUGCAACAUAUCAAAUCAGGUUGUUCCUCCCGUCUGCCUUCAGCUGCUGAGCUGUGCAUUCACACUGCUACAUUUUAUAAAUGUGUGCUUAGACGGCAGUGCUACACUUCCACCCCACAAAUGCUGAGAUUCUGCAACAAAACAUACGUGAUGUCUGUGCUGUCGGUGGCUUUGCAUGUUGCUAGGAAAUACAACAAACAUUCAUUCCCAUUCAUUCACUCUGGGGCAACUCUGGAUGCUGAGGGGAACACCCCAAACGCCUUUUAAGCUUCCAGAUUCAGGAAAGCACAAGGAAGUUUAAAAUGUUAUCUAGACUGUAAAUAUACAGAAUUAUUUGCUGGAUUACAGCUGAAAACUGCCUCAGGAACAAGAUGUUUCUGUUUCUGUUUCCAAACCCCCCAAAAACACUUAAAAAAAAGUUCUGCACUGGAUGCAAAAGGAGGAUAAUAACAUGUCUAUUCACCAACAAGUAAAGUUAAAUCAUUUCUUAAACCGUGACAGUAUUUAGGUAAUAUCAUGAAUGCCCAAUUGGAGCAUAUGUAAGCCUGUUUAAAUAAAUAUUAGGUCAGCGCUGCAGCUAUAUCUCAUAUAAAAGUUCUCGGUUCUGAACUUUUUCAACAGUUUCUGCCCAAAUUGCAAAAUAUUUGCUUCCUCUGCAAACUUGAACCCAGCUGCACCUGCCGGAGUUUGGUUUCUUUAUCACUCCGACAGAUUCAGACUGUGACCCAAAAAGGUGAAAUGAAUGUUUUCAUUGAGUUGUUGCCAAUUUGCAGGACUCUUGUUGUUACUUAUUGAACUGUUGUCCAGACUCCAGAGCAGCACGUCUGGAGAAAUAUGCAUGGCAACUAAAUCCGGGAUGAAGGUUGCACACUGAUCUGUGUCUCCUCUGCUGUGCACACGAUGCACAUGCUUUUGCAUCGCUGAAUGUAAAUCUUUAUGGUGCUCAUUGUAGACAGAACCUCCUCUUCAAAACCCAUGAACCAGCAAAAAUAGUUCAACUCAUUUGAAUCUAAAUAGGAUGACUUCAAAAGGUUAGUUUCCAGCUAAUAUCAUCUUGUUAUACUUUAGAGAGUAUAAAGAGCAGAACAGCUUAGAAGAUAAAUGUAGUGCAAUAAGCACUUAAAAACUAAAUUUAAGGGGCAUUUUUUAUUCAAUUUGCUGUGAAUCAAAACAACAGUAAAUAAAUAAUUUAAUGAUAAAUAAGUAUAAUUUAUUUUAAUUACAGCAGUGGGACUAAUUUUCAUGUUUUGUUCUUUUUAAACACAUUGACGCACUGAAGCCGUGAUGUUUUAACACAACCUUCUCAAACCAGUAGAAUCUCCUACUGGCCCACGCUGUCCUUUAGUUUUGUCUGGAAUAUAAACUGGUUUUGUUUUAUGCAUCCAAGAAAAAGACAAUGCAAUAUUUCAAAGCAAUGGCCAUUUGUUUUGUGCACUGACAGGCUUGGCUGCAACUCAGUGGCUCCUGAAGCUGGAGGUCUUGAGAAUUCAAAGUUUACUUUCAAAUUGAUCCUGGAUAUAAAAAUAUAAUUCAGUAUUUAGGGUUUGGAAGGUCUAAUUUUAUUCUUCUUUAUUUAACGUACUGGUGAUGAAUGUAUUUCCUGACUGGUCACAUGUCUUUGUUUGCUUUGCAGAACUUCACUUUGACAUCUGGGGGUUGUAAAAGUUUUUUUUUGUCCUCCAAAACUCAAGUCCAUCUUUACAUUUAAUUGUUGACAUAAUGGUUCCCAUAAAAAAAUGGAUGCCGACUAACCAAUGUUAAUUAGUGUAUUGUAAAAAAGAAAGAAACAGUAGUUUGAAUGAGAACAGCAACAAAAACGCUAUUUUUAGCUGGUAGUUGGAAUAUGACGGAAUAGAAACAAAAACGCUUCUUUCAUUCAUAAUCACCUGAAGGCUGUUUCUAUUCUGUCUUCACACAUUAACAGCUGUCUAAACAAAUACUCAGUUUUCACUGUGCUCCUCUUUAACAACAUUGUGCCUAAACCUCCCUGGACAAAUCUUAACUCAUAUCAAAUCUCCACCUCUCAAUGAAAUUGCUGCUGUGUUUCUCAUCUAUGCAGCAGGAAAUAUUACUCAAAGUCUCUAUGCAAGUCCUGCAUUUCUGCUGCUCUUUGCCAGCAGAUGACUGAUGAGGUUGUCGUCUCGCUCAGCUGUGGUCAGUUAUAAAUGUGUCCACCUAUGUUCUGAAGUUUGUCUUUUCGCUGCCCCUUCUGUUUCCUGGAUAGAUAUUUUUAUUAUUAUUUUUUAUUCUUGUCUCGUUUCAGCUUUUUCUCUUUUUCUCUCGCCGUUCUUGUCUUAUUCAAUUUGUUACAAGAAAAAGUUUCAUAUUCAGCAUGUGCACUAAAGGUCAACAUGUAGUUAUUUGGAUUGUACAAUAGUACUUUUGCAGAUUUUAUUCUAUUUUUUUUUCCACUUCCAUAAAUGUCAAACAUGUUAAUUGUUUUUCUCCCUGCUGCCUUUUUGCAAAAAAAUCUGUACCACCACCUUAGUUUUUAUUCGCGGGAUUAUUUUACUUUUGUAAUGUAGCUGUUAAUCCAAAUGAGGCUUUAGUGUACGUAAAUACCGUACAGUAUAUCCAGUGGCACUGUUUACUUAAUGAUGUUUGGGUAAUUUAAUAAACUCCACAUUUGUUGAAA